CCAGCUCCAUCACACAUCAGUCCCCUGCCGCCCUAAAUCCCUGUCCAUGCCCCAUCGCCCCCCUCGCCGGGGGCGUGCCGUUCCCAUUCCCGUUCCCAUUCCCGCUCCCGUUCCCGCUCCCGUUCCCGCUCUCCCUGAGGGAGCGGCGCUCGGACGCUGCCGGCCCGGCCAUGUACGCGGGGCGCAGGCGGAGGAAGCCGGUGCCGCGGGCGACGCGGCCGGGCCCGGCCGAAGGCGGCGGCUCCAACCCGUCCAAGCGGCACCGGGAGCGGCUGAACCGGGAGCUGGAGCGGCUGGCGGGGCUGCUGCCCUUCCCGCCCGACGUGGUGGCCGGGCUGGACAAGCUGUCGGUGCUCCGCCUCAGCGCCGGCUUCCUGCGAGCCAGGAGCGUCUUGGGCGUUGCUCUGAAGAAUCCUGGUGCCAAAGAAGCCCAGAUGGAUGCAGCCUGUGGCAUUGGACCGGCUCCAGGCUCAGCAGCGGUUCCAGAGGGUGAGCUGCUCCUACAGGCUCUCAAUGGCUUUGUGCUGGUGGUGACAGCAGAAGGGCUGAUAUUUUACUCCUCACAUACAAUCCAGGACUACCUGGGAUUUCAUCAGACAGAUGUCAUGCACCAGAGCGUCUUCGAGCUGAUCCACACCGAGGACCAGCCAGAGUUCAGGCGCAACCUCCACUGGUCUGUGGACCCACCAGUCACUCCCAAGGGUGAAGCUCCUCCAGCAGUGGGGAAGAGUCUUGACUCUUCUGCUGCCAUCUACAAGCCAGAUCAGCUGCCCCCAGAAAACUCUUCCUUCCUGGAGAGGAGCUUUGUGUGCCGCUUUCGCUGCCUCCUGGAUAAUUCCUCCGGCUUCCUGCCAUUAAACCUUCAAGGCAGGCUGAAAUUCCUUCAAGGGCAGAACAAAAGGUCUGAAGAUGGCUCUGCCCUGGCCCCCCAGCUUGCUCUGUUCGCCAUCUCCACACCCCUGCAGCCCCCAUCCAUCCUGCAGGUCCGAACCAAGAACAUGAUCUUCAGGACCAAGCACAAGCUGGACUUCACCCCCUUGGCGUGUGAUGCCAAGGGGAAGAUCGUCCUGGGUUACACCGAGGCAGAGCUGCGGAUGUGUGGUACCGGGUACCAGUUUGUCCACACUGCUGACACGCUGUACUGUGCUGAGAACCAUGUCAGGAUGAUGAAGACGGGGGAGAGCGGCCUGACGGUGUUCCGGCUGCUGACCAAGGACAACCGCUGGAAGUGGGUGCAGGCCAACGCACGGCUCGUCUACAAGAAUGGCAAACCCGAAUACAUUGUGGUCACACAGAGACCCCUUGUAGAUGAAGAAGGAGGAGAGCACCUUCGGAAGCGGUCCAUGCAUCUUCCCUUUACCUUUGCUACAGGAGAGGCACUUCUAUACCAAAGCUCUCACUCUCUCCCAGGCUUCCCCGACCUUUUCCAGAGCAAAGGGAAGCCCAGCAAGUCCAAGAAGCCCUCCUGCAGCCAUGUAGGGCACUCCCAGAAGAACAGCAUUGACCCCAGGUCUCUACUGGGCGCCGUGGUGCGACAGGACAAGGUGGUGUACGCCUCCCACCUAGCUUCCCCUCCCAACCCUUCCUUCAGCAGCACUUUCCAGCUCGGGGGCGAGUCCUUGCCAGGCGCAGGAGGGGAUGCCUGGAGUAUGGGCACAGCUCCAGUUUCUUCAAGGGGCUGCAGCCUCCAAGAGAAGCUGCUGGAUUUGCAGCAGGAGGACUCUCUCUUGGCCACCAUGGACUUGCUCUCAAUUAAGAGUGACAAGCUCUGUUCAAGCAAGCUCUUCAGUGCUUUGGAGGGCCUGGGCUUGCAUGCUGAGGACCUGGAGCUCCUGCUGCUAGAUGAGAAAAUGGUGAUGGUCAGUAUGGACCCAGACCAGUCCCUGUCCCUGAACAACAGCCUGGCCGGCAACCAGAAUCUCUCCUACGUCCCCAGGCCUCUGGUGGAUGAGCAUGAGGGAGGGCAGCAGGUCUGUCCCUUGCCAGGCAUGCCCCCCAGCCCACAGGGAGGAACUUCUGCAUGCCACAUGGAGAACAAGGACUCGAGGUGGCACCUGGCACAGGGUGCAGGGCAGCACAGCACUGCCCUGGGCCAGCCCCCUGGCCCACUGUGGGAGCAGCCCCUCAGUGCUGUGGAAGGGCUGCUCCCAGAGCUGGCUGAGCAGGAAGAGCUGCCCAGUGGCUCCCAGUGGAGACCAGCCAGGGAAGAGACUGUGCUCCACUUCCAGCCAGCACAGAGCACCCCAUGGGACAGGGCCCCCAGCUCAGCCCCUGGAGCCCACUGCCCACAGGAAAUACUCGGGGCCCAGCAGUUGCAGGGAGACUUCCCAGCCGUGCAGCCCCUCCAAGAGGAUGCCCAUCAGUCUUUCCCCCUGUCCAGCCAGUACCAGGACCAUGUGGCACUGCCCAGCCGGCCAAAACACUGCCACUUGUUGCUGAAUGGGGUGUGUGGCCACAGCCCCAACUCCUCUCCACUGCCCAGCCCAUGGCAGGACUAUGUUUGCCCACUGCUGGGCUCUCCAGCUCAGCCUGGCAUUCAUGGCCUCAGCCAAAACGUGCUCUCCCAGCCCCAGGGCUGUUUGGGCCCUGGGCCUGGUGUACCCCCACAGCACUUGAACCUGAAUGGAUUAUGCAGCAUGGAAGCUGCCAGCACUGGAGACUCCUGGGAAGAGUUAGCUCUGUACCCCAGGCUUUUUCCCCCUUCCUACCAGCUUAUUUCUGAAAAGCAGCUGAGCCCUGGUCCCUCUGUGCCUCAGCACCCUUUCCCCAGCUCAGCUGCAGGGCAGUUGGGGAGUGUCAGCAGCCCUUUGGAGACUCUGAAUUCCUAUCAGACACAAGCCCCUGUGCUGAGCCAGGAGGACAGGCACUGGCCCUGCAGCAGCUGUGGUUUGCCCAGCUCUCCCAUGGGACUGCCCCAAGACCACCCCGUGCUAGGGGGAAGCCUGGCACUGCCCUGCCAGCCUCAGCCCCGAGCAGAAGUGCUGCCAGAUCCCACUCACGCCUCCAGAGGGGACUUCUGUCUCUAGGAGAGACAGGGAUGGACAAAGUAGGACUGUUCCCUGGGGAAGGAGCUGCCUUCAAGCUGCAGAUAACAAACCUUCCCCACUGCUGUCCACAUCCUGCGGGUGCUACUGAUGUUGGUUGCUUUGGGUCACCUGGGGGUUUUUGCUCUUCUCUCAACUUCCCACCAUCCUGCUCCCUGUGCUGUUCUUGUCUUGAUGUCCCUGGUGUGGGGUGGGACAGCAGCAGGGCUGGAGGACAGAUUUCCCAGGGCACUGGAGCAAUCUGAGCUGUGAUUGCAGGUCAGCCCACAAGUACAACCAAAACUUUGUAUUUACAUACAUGAUCCAGCAUGGAUACCAGCCUCACAUGUCCUAAAGAAAGAGACAGAAAAUGUUUUCACCUCUGGUAUUAAAUCUCCUGCCAUCCCAGCCAGAUAUCAGUGGCUGUGGCCAUGUUGUACAGAUAUUGCCUGUUUUUAUAAGGAAAAUCAGCCCUGUUUUGUGUUCUUGUGUUGCUCUGCUCCUUCCCCACCCCAGCUUUCCCUGUGUCCCAGGUGUUCCCAGUGUCUGGGAUCCAGGUUAGAGCUCCUGUAACAAACACCCUGGCUUUUGUGUACUGUACAAGACAUGCCCAGGUUGGCUCCUAAGCUGGUUUUCCCUGGGUGCUGGCCUCUCAGGUACCCUCAGACUUCAAGUCUCAAAGUUUUCAGUUAAAAACCAGAAACUUCAGUAAGAUAAAGAAAGUAAGUAUAACGCUACUAUUAAGUAAGUACUGAGAGAGUGAUAUCUUCCCACAGGAAAAAAAAAAAAAAAACACAGCCCAUAUGUGUGUAUAUAAUAUGAAUUGACAGAUUUAUUUUUAUGCCACUCCAGUGGAAGGAAAAAACAACCUCUUACCAUCCCAAAGCAGUGUCCAGUGGAAUGGGAUGAAGAGGUUGUUUGAAAGAUCAGAAACACAGCGAUUCUUUAAGAAACCUGGCAAAGCUCAUCUCUCCUCCUGCUUGCCCAGCUUUGGAUUCAUGCGGAUUCCUAUUGGUUUUGUUUCAAUAAAUGGUUUUGGAGAUCUUCCCUGAUGUUUCUCUUGCUGGUUGUGUCUCUUCCCAAUCUGGAGCAAGUCAGGGUUUGCUGGCUGCAGCACUGGAGCUCAGGCCUUGCCACUGGUUACCUGGGACACAAUGGGUCAGGUUGGAAGGGAUCCCAAGGAGCACUUGGAGCCCUUGGGAUGCACACAGUCCAUCUGCCAGCUCCUACUAUGAGUGUCUGAAAAGAAUGGGGAAAUCUGACAGAGAAGGGUGAGUGUAUUAAAAAAACAUGUACAAUAUUUAUAUAAUAUAUAUAUUAUAUGUAUAUAAAGUUGCAUGUUGACGUAUUGAAAUAUAAAA